GUCAGUGUACAGGAAUACUUGUUUAGUUUUUAUGUAUUUUAGCUUUUUUUACUUUUAUAAACUCAAACACACAUAUAAAGAUUUGAGAAAUAUCAAUAACAAGUAAUUACAUUUAAAAUAGUAACGUAAUAAAGGACAUCUAUUUGAAGGUGUAUGCUGCACUAUACUUUACUACAACAACUACUACUACUAUUACUACUGCUGCUGUUGCUGCUGGAAUAAUAUUACAUUUACCCUCUUGAAUUUAAUAUCUGUCAUUGAAUGUAGACACUGAUAAGGAAAAUAAAAGGCAGAUUAAAUGUGUUUAUUAUACAUCCCCAAAAAAUAGGAAAUAAAAAAGGCAGUCCAUGUGUUUACCAAACUGAUGUUCACAAAAAAUAAAAUAAAAGUCACAUAAAUCAAUUAAAGUAAAUAAAGAAAAAUAAAGAACGUUUUAUUUAAUUAAAAACAUUACAAUUACAAGUAAAAGAAAAUACAAGAUUAAUACAAAAAUAACAAUAAUAAUAAUAUCAAAUAAGAAAAAAUGUAAUUAAAAAAAUAGAUCAUAAUAAUAAUAAUACACUUUAUUUAUAUAGCACCUUUAAUGCAAGAUGCAGCCUAAAUGUAUGUAAAGGUAGACAAUAAAGAUGGAGGAACAUCAUUAAAAACAAGUUAUAAACAAACAAAGAGUUAUAUCACAGAAGCAUGUGAUGAUAUAUAUUUAUCCCUUUAUUUUGUAAAUCAGACGUUUCAAAUAGGGCUAUAAGGGCCUCGGUGCCUCAGUAUUACACACUAACAAUAUUGUGCAUGAUUUAUGAAAUUCCGCCCUGUACGCCCAACUUUACAGGUGCAUUUAUAACUAUGAAAUCUAAUGAAAUUUCACAUUUCUUAAGUUUUAUGAAAAGCCUCCACUCUAUGAAUAUGUAACUCUUCUGCCCUGAGUCUUGCAUUUUAAUUCCUGUUAAUAGCAGUCCCUGAACACAUCUUUGUGGUGCUGUUGAGGCCCGUUUAAAGGAGUUGUGGGUGUGGUGUGACAUCUCUCUCUGUGUGUGGGCUUCAGGGUUCCUCAACAGCCUUUUAACUUUCCACUAAUAAGGGGAGGUGACACUAUUAAAAUGAGACCAAAGGACCCUCAGAGCUCUAGGUGGAGGCCUUCAAAGUGCGGCCGGCCAUCCGGCGUUGAUGUGGCAGCUUCCUGUUUACGCCGGAGCGGCCCUUCUUCUUCUCUUCUCCUCUGUCAUCUUGCGUAACAAGACACGGUGAAUUUAAGAACAACUGAGCGAGUGGGCUGAAUCAUGAUCAAGAUAUCUGUGCGGGUCCUCAGUCCUGCGUGUGACUCUGUCUCUCUGAGCCACGUAGACCUCCGCCUUUCAUCCCUCCAUUAAAGCAUCAGGGUCACUCAAAUAAACUCAAGGGGGACAAGUGUCCACGAAGAGUGACCUUAAAAAACUCUAAUCCUAAACAUUUAUAAUUAUUCUAUUUAUAAUAAUUCCAUGUAUAAUUAUUCUCAUUAUGUAGACUCCUGCACUGCUUUUUUGCACUUCUGGUCAGAUGCCUAAACUUACAUUUCGUCACUUGUACAUGUACUACGUAAUGACAAUAAAGUUGAAUCUGAAUCUGAAUCUGAAUUUAGAUUUCUGGGCCUGUAUUUAGAGGGAACUCUGGGCAUAACUGAGUAUAAUAUCCAUAUAUUUUUAGUGUAUGGUCACCAGAGACUAAGGGGUUGUUGUUGUUGUUGCUUUCGUUUGCGUAGACAUAGAGAGCAGGUCCUCUUCCAUGUUGCGCCAUGUUGAAAGUAUUAUUUCCCCCUAGAUAACAACAAAGUGUUAGCUCUAAUCUUUUGCAACUUUGUUUUCUUUCAAUACACAACAAUAAUCAUGCAUUUGAAACAGUGGCCAUAACAUGUUUUUAAGAGACAGUGGCUGCACUGCCACUAAAUCCCACACUGUGCAGAGUGAACUUUUAAUCUCUGACCUUUCAGCAUUUUAUUGUUUGAUGCUCAGUCUCUUGCAGACCACAGUGUUAUUUCUGUUGAACAAUCACAGCUGUAUUCAUGAACCUAGCACAGGAAACUGGUCCACUCCUUUCAGCAUGAAACCGUAAAGGUGGGGGACAAAAAUAAUCUACAGCGCGCAGGUCUCUGAAACCUGAUAGGCUGAAGCAGCCUCACUUCAGAAAAGAGGAAGUGUUUAGCUCCAGUUGAGCUGAGCGCUGAUGUUUCGGUGUCGUUUCACAGCACGCUUGCGAUUGUUGUUCAUGACACUUUUACCAACAGCUCUCUUGUGGUGUUUGGCAGCGCGAUCCAGGAGUGUGACACCUGGAGAGGGAGGCCCCAUACCGGGCUCCCCUAACUCCCCCAGGUCCAUGGAGAGGCCCCUGAAGGCCGGCUGGCUGAAGAAGCAGCAGAGGUCUCUGGUGAAGAACUGGCAGCAGCGGUACUUUGUGCUGAGAGGAAGCACGCUGACCUACCACAAAGAUGACAAGGAGACCACUGUGCAGGGAGUCAUCCAGCUGCGGUUCAGUAAAGUUAAUGAACUCCCUCCGAACCCUGAUGACCCCGGGAAGUACAUCUUCGAAAUCAUCCCACGUACAUCAGGAGACAGAGAGCGAUGUCCCUAUGUGUUCAUGGCUAACUCUCAGAGUGAUCUGGAGGAGUGGGUCCGCACCCUGCGCCGGGUCAUUGGAGUACCAACAAGUGGAGUGUUUGGAAAGAGCCUCAUGGACAUUGUCACAUAUGAGCAGCGGUUUGGGCCUCACAUGGUGCCGAUCCUGGUCCAGAAGUGUGUGGAGUACAUCAAGGAACACGGCUUGAAUGAGGAGGGCAUCUUCCGCCUGCCGGGUCAAGACAACGCAGUCAAACAGUUCAGAGACGCCUUCGACGCCGGAGAGAGGCCCUCCUUCCCCAGUGACACAGAUGUCCACACGGUGGCGUCUCUGCUCAAAUUGUACCUACGCGAGCUCCCGGAGCCCGUGGUGCCCUGGACUCAGUACCAAGACUUCCUGGACUGCACCAACCUGCUGGACUCGAGCGGCUCAGAGGGUUGGAAAAAGUUGGAAAAACAAAUUGCUCUUCUUCCCAGAACCAACUACAACCUUCUCAGUUAUGUCUGUCGAUUUUUGUUCGAGGUGCAGCAGCACUCCAGUGUGAACAAGAUGAAUGUGGAGAACUUGGCCACAGUGAUGGGCAUCAACCUGCUCAAACCUCAGAUAGAAGACCCCAUCUCUGUGAUGAAGGCGACUCCUCAGAUCCAGAAGCUGAUGACGGUGAUGAUCCGACAGCACGAGGCUCUGUUUCCUCUCUCCAAAGACGUUCUUCCCUCCCUGCCUUCAAAGAAGGCUGAGAGCCAGAAGAACGCGCCCCGAAGCUUCGUGGGCUGGGAGUCUGCAGAGAUGGGAGAUGCUUCUCUGUCUGAGUCUCCAGAAGAGGAGGAGGAUAUCGACUGUCCGGGUCCCAGCAGAGACUCUUUCAGCCCCCUGAUUCCUCAGCAGGACCCCCGAACCCCCACACCAGACGGCUGGUCGGGAAGCCCCCGAAAACGCACCCAGACCCUGCCAGCCUUCAACUGCCCGCUCACUGGGAUGGCUGCCAAGGCGGACGCCCUGAACCGCUGGAGCCAAGUCCAGGAGAGCGCGGAGGAGAAGAGUGGGACGCUGUCAGAGGACAUUUUUAAGAUCCUGGACCUCCGGAGUUCAGGGUCUUUGUUUGGAGGGGGAGAGGAGAAGUUAGUGGCCCGGAGAGUAAGUGACAACACAAGUUCUUCUUCUCCGGGCCCCCAAAAACCAGACAGUGACCCCCAGCCUGGGGUGUCCCAACAGAAGAGAGUAGGGAACCUCACAGCCACCAACAAGCCGGAGCAGAAGACAGACAACCAGCUCGUAGAAAGUCUUCAGCAGGAGAACAAGGAGCUGAAGGCCACGGUGGCAGAGCUCCAGUCCGGCCUGGAGGCCGAUCGCAGCAAAGUGGCCGCGCUGGAGAUCUGCCUGAGAAAUGCUGAGCGAAGCCGAGACGAGGCCCAGAGACGCAACAAGGAGCUCCAAAGAGACAUUCAGCAGUUCCUCCCUAAAAAGCCACAAGAUCCCACCUAACGGUUACUUUAAGACUCACUAAAAUAUAGAUUUAUGACUCUGCAAACUUCAACAGAGCUAAUUUUGCAUGAAAUGGUUAUGGUAAAUGCUAUUUUCUCCACUGGAUUGUUUCCAUUUGAGCUCGGUUUAAUAGAAGAUAAAUGAUUGGCUCAUUUGUUUGUGUCUGUGAGGAAAGUUUAUAUCUGAAUAUUACUAUUUACAAAGAAAGACUACUGCUACUGCUGUCCUCGAAAAUGAAAGGCUGGCAUAGACUGAACACUUUGAUUAAAGGUCAAGUGGGCGGAUAUAUAUAUAUUUUAAUGGUGAACAGCGUGUAUCCUAUAAGUGAAAAGUCCAUUUCGUUUCAGUGGCAAAUUAAUAAAACACACAUUUAAAUGUUUUUCUUGAUGCAUGAAAACAAAA